AAUGCUGAACUUUGAGAAAGAAAGGUGUAGUGUAUUGAGCCACUCUUAAUAUAGAACUGAAAAUGCCACCAGUGGAGAGUGAGGCAAAGGCAAAAACGAAGGUUCGCUUUGAGGAAAUAUUCAGAAGUCAUUCUGGGCUGACAGACAAAAAGAAAUUAAAGAAGCAAAAAUUUCACUCUCAUGAGACUAUUUUGCUUGACACUUUUAGAAAUAAUCUUGAUCUAGCUAAAGAAAGUGGAAAUGAUGAGGUAAUUAUAAAUAACACUUAUAAUCCUGAGGAAAAGAGCCCCCGGUUUACAAAAAACAAACUAAGAGACAAAGCUUCAGUUGCAGAAAAACUAAACAAUGAUAUUGUUAGUGGAGAAGAAAACAAUCAACCAAAGUCUGACAAGAAGAAAAAGAAAGCAGUGUUACAAGAACAAUUUAAUGAGGAGGAAAAGAUACAUGAAACUAAAUUGGAGACUUUUGAGAAACAGAUUUCUGAUUUUCCAAAGAAGAAAACAAAAAGUAAAUCACAGACAGAUGCAUCUUAUCAAAAAGGUGACGACAAGAUAAAAAGUACCUUGAAUGAAGCAAGAGAUGUAACUGAUUUAGAAGAGGAAGAACAGCUAAUUCAAGCCUAUCAGCUGCAAGUGGCUGAAGAUGAGGCAAGUGCAAUUAAGGAGAAGAUAAGAAAAAAACUUAAACAACAGAUGUCUGAAUUUACCUCCAGUGUUCAAAGCCAAAAAGUUGUAUUGAACAAUGAAGUGGGCAAAAAGAAGAAAAAGAAGAAAGAAGUGCCAGUUGUAUCUGAAGCUGAAACAAGUGUGAUGUCCCUUGCUGAACUACAGCCUAACCCAGUGGAAGAUAAUAGCAAAAAAAAGUCACCAGGAAGAUUGCUUGCAUCUGCCUUUAAAGAUGAAAUGAACACAGAGGAAUACAAGGAGGAGGAAGAUGUGGAAAAACUGAAACCUAAAAUAAAGAAAGCAAAAAAGAAAUCUAAAAAAGCGUUAGAAGAAAACACAGAAAUUGCAGAAAAUGUCCAGGAAAUGAACAGUCCAGAAGUUUACAUUCAAUCCAAACCUGCUUUUGAUGACAGUUUUGUGUUAGGGGUUUACAUCCAUCGAACUGAUAGGCUUAAAACUGAUCUCAUGGUUUCACAUCCAAUGGUCAAGAUUCAUGUGAUUGAUCAGAAAACUGGUUUGUAUGUCAAGAAAGAGCACAGCAACCGGGCGGUUUCAUCUUUUUAUGAACAAGAACGAGUGGAGCACAUUCUUCCUAUUAUGACCCAGCCUUAUGACUUCCGACAAUUUAAAUCAACACUUCCAGAAUGGGAGGAACAAAUCAUAUUUAAUGAACGUUUUAGUUAUUUCCUUCAAGAUGCUGAAGAAAGCCCCAAAGUAGUCCUGUUUUUUGAGAUUCUUGAUUUCUUAAGUAUGGAUGAAGCAAGAGCCAACUCUGAAGUACUAACUCAGGAAAGUGGUUUUCGCAAAAUCUCCUGGGCAUUUCUAAAGCUAGUAGGUGCAAAUGGAGUUCUAAACAUUAAUGGGAAACUGCGUCUGCAAUUAUAUUAUCCACCUCCAAGGACCAGGACACAGUCAAAUGUUAUUGAGGUUUUUGAUUGGUGGGCAAAAGGUCCUAGAAAUCGUUACCCAUCAACAUUAUAUGUAACUAUAAAAGGCAUAAAACUACCAGAUCAUGUAGAUCCUAUUCAGAAUGAGAUAUCAAAAAAAUCAAGAGUAUAUAGUCCACAUGAGAACAAGGAGCAAGUGAAAUGGACAAGAUUGCCGGGACAGGCUUGUCGAAUACCAAACAAGCAUCUCUUUUCACUGAGAGCAGGGGAUAUGGGAUGUUUCUGUAUUCGUUUUUCUCAAGAUGGAAAAACAUUAGCAGCAGCAUGUGCAGGGAGGGAUGGUUAUCCCAUUAUUUUGUAUGAGAUUCCUUCUGGACAAUAUUUAAGAGAGUUUUAUGGCCACCUUAAUAUUGUAUAUGAUCUUUGUUGGUCAAAAGAUAAUGAGUACCUUCUUACUUCAUCCUCUGAUUGCACUGUCAGAAUGUGGAAAAUUGAGAACCAGGCUACAACGUCAGUGAGCGUUUUCCCUCAUCCUUCAUUUGUUUACACUGCAAAGUACCAUCCAGUUGCUGACUAUCUUGUGGUAACAGGAUGUUAUGACUCUAUGAUUAGGGUAUGGAAUGCAAAAGUGAAAGAGAUCCAUGGUCAGUUGUUACAGGAGUUUGAUGGUCACAAAAGUUUCAUCAAUACACUGUGUUUUGAUGCAGAAGGACUUCACAUGUUCUCAGGAGAUAGCUCAGGAAUGAUUAUAGUUUGGAAUACCUUUGUCAAAGGAAGUUCUCAACAUCCACUCCAACAAUGGGGUAUUAAUAAGGAAAUAAAAGAAAAUGAUAUUAAAGGGACUCCAAUAAAUCAUUUAGAGGUACAUCCAAAUGGAAGACGUUUAUUAAUCCAUGCCAAAGACAGCGCUUUGAGGAUAAUGGAUCUCCGAAUCUUGGCUACAAAGAAAUACAUAGGAGCCACAAACUAUAGAGAGAAGAUUCACAGUACCUUAACACCAUGUGGGACAUUUCUUUUUUCUGGAAGUGAAGAUGGUAUAGCAUAUGUUUGGAAUCCAGAAACAGGUGACCAACUAGCCAUGUAUUCUGACCUCUCUUUCACGUUUCCAGUUCGAGAUGUCGCCUUUCAUCCACAUGAAAACAUGGUGUCAUUUUGUGCCUUUGGUCAAAACCAGCCAAUAAUUGUGUACAUUUAUGAUUACAAAGUUGCACAGCAGGAGGCUGAAAUGGUAAAAGAUCUCAAUGGGCCACUCGCAUCAAAAACACUCAGAGGGCCACAAUUUCUUAGCAAUUCUUCUCAUAUUUCGGCACAGAAAGAUUCAACAGUGUCUCCAGCAGAUCAAUUUGUCAGUGUUGCAAGAGUAUCCAUGAGAAUGCAGAAAGUGAAGCAGAAACUUGACUCUGUUAUGACCGGCUCAAAUCUCAUGCUUCCGGCUCCAUCACUGCUCUCGCCGCACUCCAAGUUAAGAUUGCCCAGUACUCUGGGCACUUCACUGAUUCCUCAGUAUCCUUUCAUUACUCAAAGUGGGAGUUUCAGCCCAGUAGGAAGUCCUCUUAGCCGAACACCAUCAGUCAGACUACAGACGAGUGAUAAUCUUCUGGUUACAUCUUAUAUGAAAGGAGCAAGUAGUUCUACACCAGUGCAAGAGACAGUAGUGGCUCUCUAUGACUACACAGCGCAUCGAUCAGAUGAGCUAACCAUCCAUCGCAGUGACAUUAUCCAAGUGUUAUACAAAGAUAAUGAUAACUGGUGGUUUGGCAGCUUAGCAAAUGGACAGCAAGGCUAUUUUCCAGCUAAUUAUGUGGCUGGUGAAACUGAAUAUGAAAAGGAACAGCCUUCGGGAUUAGUACCAGAUUCUACUCCUCUUCUACAUAGUAAACAAACAGAAGCAGAAGUAAGAUAUCCAGCUCUACGUGGGAUGUCAGCAGUCAUCACCAAGUCAGGGGACCUGAAAUUUAUCUCAGAGCAUGACACAGAUAUAGACUCACCUGUGACACAAGGUACGAAGAAGAAGAAAAGAAUACUGAAGAAUGAAACAGAAAAUCAGCAAAAUGUAAUUGCAUUUGACACCCCUACAUCAUCAAUUACCACUGAUAGUGUUGAAAACAAACCUAGAGCCCAUGAGGUAGAACUGAAGAAGACGAAGAAGAAAAGAGCAGUGAAAAGUUCAAGUGCAAGUGGAAAGACAAAUGUUGCCUUUGAGCCUGACUGUUAUGAAAUUUAGUCAUCAUUUAACUUCAGAUAUAGGGGUCACCUUCGGAAUAUUAUAUGCAAACAAUUGAUUUGAAUGGGAUUUAUACUGAAAUGGUAACCUUAAUUUCAGUAUAAGAAAAUCAUUGAAAAAUAAAACGUGAAACAUAGAUAAACAUAUACAAUUCCCCCAUACUCCUGGCAAGAUGAGCCAUAUAAUGUAAAAUGUAAUUCUGCAAGGAAUCUGGCAUCACCGGCUCUUACAAAGGUUAACAAGUCUUAAAUAGCCACCAGUUCACAGGACUGGGCUGCUGCGCAGUUAAAGCCAGAAUUUUGACUUUCAUAUUUCCCCAAAAUAGCAUUUACAGAUGCAUUUUGAAAUAGAGAAUCUAAGUCCUGGAUUCUGCUACCUUUCUCAUGCUGACUAAAAUUUUAAUCUUGGAAAGAUUCCCAUUGACUUCAAUGGGCUUUGGGUCCCUGCCACUUCUGUGCAGUCCCAUUGAAAUCAGUAGAACUGCUCAUCAUGGGCAAAGGUGGGCGAGUGAAGUCCAAAGUUGUUAGUACUCUGGGACUUAAAGUGAAAUAAGCUUGACCAAAACAGAAGGUUUUGUGUUAGCCAUUUUUAUUUUCUUAUAAGUAAAAAGACAGACAGUAUUCUGUAUGUAGCAUGUGAUCACUCUGACAGAAUCCUACUCAGGUCUACAUGAAAACACACAUUUUUUGUAUUUUCCUGUUGUGGCAUAUUCACUUUGGACUACAUUUUGCAACCUUUGUUUAUAUUGAACAGAUACCCCUGCAAGUAAAUUGUCUUCAGUUGAAAUACUUGUGAGUAAAACUCACCAACAUGAGUAAGAAUUGGAAAAUUCCUCUUUUGGGUACAUUGAUUUUUUUCAAUGAAGGCUUUUUAUACAUAUUUAAAUAUGCACUAAAACUUUGUAAAACUCAGUUUUUGCUGCACUGUUAGCAGCAUUGCCAAAUGUAUCUUACUUUAUUUUGAAGAAAUAUUUCAUAUCAAAAGCUUUGUUUUAUGCUGUGUGUUGUAUUUAUUUGUAUUAAAUGUUUAGUUUAUUUCUUUUUGAAAUUAAUAGCACUAUGUUGUCAACCAUUAUUAAUUAUUUCAGUAAUUUCUUGCAAUACUGUCAUUUGACAUUAAAUGAAAUAUUUUCCAUCAGUUAAU